AUGGCCACUAAGGAGCAGCGUAGCCUGGAUUUAUUUGGCGGUGCCAAGAAGUGGAACGCAGACGAAUGGUGCGCUUCCGACGACCGGGUUCGCGGAGGCAAGAGUCAGUCCUACCUUGACUGCUUCGACCAAUUUGCCACCUUUCGCGGUACCCUCGACAUCAAGACUCUGGGUGGCGCAGGCUUUGCCAGCCAGCGGACAACCGCUGAAGACAAAGUCUGGAACCUUGACGAUUAUGUCGCCAUAAAGCUCGCCGUUAAGAAAGGGGACAAGAAACGGUACACACUCAUACUAAAGGAUGAACUUCUUGAGCGUAACCCCGAAAACGGUCGAGAACAGUCGACCAUUUCAUAUGAGUGCGACUUCGAGCUUCCGCCUGAGGAUGUGCCUGGUGAGACUGGAGACAGAACGAUUGUGAUACCAUUCAAAAGCUUGACAGCCACUUAUCGAGGGAAGCCCAAACCGGAUGCGCAGCCGCUGGAUCUCACGAAAGUGAAGCGGUUCAGUCUGAUGAAUCGAUCCUUCUUCGGCAGUCAGAGCGGAGACUUCUCACUAUCGAUCAGCGCCAUCUCGGCCAUUGACGUGAUACCCAAGGCUUCCGAUGUUGUAGUAUCGAGGAAAGGUGAACGUCAGCUCGAGGAUGGCUUGACUGCACGGGUCAUCUCCACCAACCAAUACCUACACUAA